CACUCUCACCCAUUUCCACACCCCCAAUAGUUCAAUAUCCCAGUUUGUCUCCUGGGUUCGUUGAUUCAAACGUAUAAUAUUAAUAUUAUUAUUAUUGUUGUUCAAUGGCGAACCAGGAGAACAACUGUGGGGUGAGAGUCACUAGAUUAGCGAAGAAGAGAGCAAUGGAAGCAAUUGGGUGCCAGUUGCAACCGGCGAACAAGAAGCGAAUUGUGUUGGGUGAGUUGUCGAAUAAUAUUAAUCAACGGGUGGGAUCUGAUCUUGUUGAGGUGAAGAAAUUUGGGUCGAAGAAGGUGAAGAAAGUGGUGAAAGAACGUGAUUUGGAUGUGUUUGCUAGUACGAGUGAUCCCCAAAUGUGUGAAGAAUAUGCGGGUGAUAUCGAUGAGUAUCUUCGUAAUAUGGAGAUGGAGGUAAAGAGAAGACCAUUAGCAAAUUACAUUGAGAAAGUGCAAAAAGAUGUAACAGUGAACAUGAGGGGUGUAUUGGUUGAUUGGUUAGUAGAAGUUGCAGAAGAAUACAAGCUUCUUCCAGACACUUUAUACCUCACAGUUUCCUACAUUGAUAGAUUUUUAUCACUAAAUGUUCUCAACAGACAAAGACUUCAACUUCUUGGUGUUUCUUCAAUGCUCAUCGCAUCAAAAUAUGAAGAAAUAAGCCCUCCACAUACCGAAGAUUUCUGUUACAUCACGGACAAUACGUACACAAAACAAGAAGUUGUAAAGAUGGAAGCCGAGGUGCUUAAAACGCUUAAAUUUGAAAUGGGAAAUCCCACAGUGAAAACAUUUGUUAGAAGAUUUACUAGAUUAGCUCAAGAAGAUUAUGAUACACCCAAUUUGCAGUUGGAGUUCUUGGGAUAUUAUUUAGCCGAGUUAAGCUUGUUAGACUAUAGUUGCAUCAAGUUUUUGCCUUCAAUGGUAGCUGCAUCGGUUACAUUUCUUUCAAGAUUUAUGCUCAAACCCGAGUCACAUCCAUGGAAUUUGGAACUGGAACAACUCUCUGGAUAUAAGCCAUCGGAUUUAAAAGAAUGUGUUGAAAUUUUACAUGAUUUGCAAUCGAGUCGAAGAGGUGCAAAUUUGGUAGCAAUUAGAGAAAAAUACAAUCAACACAAGUUUAAAUGUGUGUCGGGAUUGUCUUCGCCUUCGGUGAUUCCAACAUCCUUCUUUGAAGACAUCAAAUUGAUGAAGAUUUAAGAUAAAACAUAGAAGGUUUGAAAGCAAAGAUGAAUCUUUGGCUUUGGCUUGAUUAGUGCUUCUUGGAAUGACAAGUGGCUGGUUCGAUCCUGCUAACACUAGCUAUGAGCCCAUGUUAAUUGUGCUGUUAGAGCUAUGAGCUCAUAUUAAUUUUGGAUAGAAAUAGAGGUUUAUUAGUUGUUUAGAUAAAAGGUAUACAUGUUAAUUGUGUUGUUAGAAAGUGAGCGACAUGUAAUAAAAAAAAGCUUAUAGAUUUGAUCAAAGUCUGAGGGCCUUCUAUUCAUUAGUAAAAUACAGAUGAUUAAUGUUUCA